GGUUUACAGUUUCACUUGUGUCCUAAUGAUGGAAAAUCUCGAGGGAGAAUAAACGACUCGGGAGUCAGUGGCUGUCGGGGGCAAAAAGCAGAAGAUGGAUGGGGAGUCACCCGAGGGACUACUUUUCAAAGAUGAGGACUUCUCCUCUGUUCUCUUGAGGCAGCUAAAUGUCUUAAGGCAAAAAAGGAUCCUGAUUGAUGUGACUAUAUGCAUUGGGAGCUGUGAAGUACCCUGCCACAGAAAUGUCCUGGCCUCCAGCAGCCCUUACUUCCAGGCCAUGUUCUGCAGCAACUUCAGAGAGAGUGCUCAAGCCAGAAUUGAUCUGAAAGGUAUCAAUGCCAAUACUCUACAGGAGAUCGUCCUGUACGUGUACUCUGGGGAGGUUCAUAUCACUGCAGAGAAUGUCCUGAACUUGAUGGAGGCUGCAUCCAUGUUGCAAUACCUCAGGCUUUUUGAAGCCUGUUCAUUAUAUCUUCAGAAGCAAAUGACCCCUAGCAACUGCCUCAGCAUGAUCAGACUCUCUGACACUUUGAGCUGCGAGAGCCUCAAACAGAAAGCCAGAUCAAUGGCCCUACGGUGCUUCCCAGAAGUAGCCUUAUCGGAAGACUUAAAAGAGCUGUGUCCCUUAGAACUGAGUGAGUACCUGGGAGACGAUGCGCUCUGUGGUGAGGAAGAAGAAGUGUUUGAAACAUUAAUGGUCUGGAUCAGGCAUGACCUCCAGGCCCGGAAAGAAUAUAUCCAAGAACUGUUCAAGAAAGUCAGGCUCCAAUAUGUCCACCCAACCUUCUUCUUCCAUUUCAUCGUCAACGACUCCCUCCUUCAGUCCUCGCCAGCGUGCCAAGCCAUCUUGGAGGUGGUGAGGAGACAAGUGUUUUCUUUGUACGGCACCGGGAGCCCAGACCUCAAGCCGCUGUGGCACGUCCCUCGGAGAGAUUCUCACCGUGAUUUCCUCAUCCUCUUGGGAGGGAGAAAAGACAAUCAGCAGACCACCAGGGAGGUCCUGCUGUACCAUGAGAAGACUGGCCAAUGGCGGUGCCUUGCCAAGCUCCCAGCCCGCCUUUACAAAGCCUCCGCCGUCCCCUUGCACAGUAGCGCCUACGUGCUAGGGGGGAUGUCUAUUGGGGUAGGGAAGAGGCAAGUCAGUCCCAGUGUUUAUAUCUUCUCCCUGAAACUCAAUCAGUGGAGGCUGGGGGAGCCCAUGCUGGUGGCCCGAUAUUCCCAUCGAAGUACAGCCUAUAAGAACUAUAUCUUCUCCAUUGGAGGAAUCGGAGAAAACCAGGAGAUAAUGAGUUCCAUGGAGAGGUACAACAGUAUCCAUGAUGUCUGGGAGAAUGUGGCCAGCAUGCCAGUAGCUGUCCUUCACCCUGCAGUAGCUGUGAAAGACCAAAGACUCUAUCUUUUUGGAGGAGAAGACAUUAUGCAAAAUCCUGUCAGACUCAUACAGGUUUACCAUAUUUCCAGAAACACAUGGUUCAGAAUGGAGACCAGAAUGAUCAAGAAUGUCUGUGCUCCAGCAGUGGUGCUCAGGGGCCAAAUCAUCAUUGUUGGAGGUUAUACAAGGAGGCUCCUUGCUUAUGACCCUCAAGCCAACAAAUUUGUAAAGUGUGCUGACAUGAAAGAUAGGAGGAUGCACCACGGGGCCACAGUGAUUGGGGACAAGCUCUACGUGACUGGAGGCCGUCGGCUCACCAUAGAGAGCAACAUUGAAGACUCAGACUCGUUUGAUUGCUAUGACCCAGAGACAGAUUCUUGGACCUCCCAGGGGAGACUACCGCACAAACUUUUUGAUCAUGGGUGCCUCACUCUCCAGUGCCUACCUUAUCCUUCAGAAUCUCCCUAAAGAAAGCAGAAGGACUAUGGAUGGAAAGGAGGAUGAAGGAGGUUCAGAAGGAUCCUUAUACUAAACAUCUAAGCUCACAGCAUGAAAAGGGGCUAUUUUGGGGUUCUUCUGAACCUCUCACUUCUAUGUAUAUGGUCUGGACCUGAAAAGGUUCAGGCUGAUAGAGAUGAUAGUGUGAUAAAUUUGGAGACUGGAAGACCUGGAUUCAAAUUCCUUCUCUGACACAUACUAGCCAUGAGGCCAUGGACAAACCAUUUGAUUCUCUAAGAUGAGUUACAGAUGAGUUCCUGAUCUGUGGCACGAGGGGUAAAGGAGUUUCCCCACCAAGAGCUUCCUAUAUAUUAAUUAAAUCACUCUAUGUCCAUAAUAUAGCAGAACUCCAGAGGGCAUAAAGAGGCCUUGGGGAACAGUGAAAAGAAGGCUGGACUUCAAGUCCUUUAGUGUUGGUAUCGUCUUCUAUAAAAUGGGGGAAAUAAUACCUAUGGCAUUUUCCUCACUGAGCUAUUAUGGGGAUAAAAUGAGACAAUGUGUGCAAUGCGUUGUGCAAACCUUAAAGCACCAUACAAAAGCUAGCUCUUAUUAUUAGAUUAGAUGAUCUCUAAGGUCCCCUCCAGCUUGAAAUCCUAUGAACCCAGGAAUAACAUUUGCUGGUACCAACUGAUGUUUUCCUCCAGCCUAGCAUGAACUGUAACCUUUUGAUUAAAAUCAGUAUUUUCUUUUGGAAUCAUGCUAGGAGAAUUGUUUUUUUUUGGGGGGGUGGAGGAGAGAGCCAACAAGUUCUUUAGGAGGUUAACUAACACAGCUCUCUCCUUUAUGCUAAGAAUACGGGCUAUUUCUAGAACCCCUUUCAUCUUCAUGAGCUUUACAAAUUGGCAACAUGACUCAGGGUGUGAGUGGGAGAGUAAACCCAGGUCUGGAAAUUACGCCCCUCUGACACUUUCUUACUUUGCCUGCUGUAGCGUCGCUUCUCUAUUCAGGGCUAAAACUUCCUGUCAAUCCAGAGGGGCAGGAGGAAGGUCUGGGAGAAGGGAUGCCCGGCUGCCGCCCACUGUUUUGACUACAAAAGUAUUUGAUUAAAUUUUUCACGUG